GUCACCAACCAUAUACAAUAAUUGAAUAGCAAGCUUUUCAUUCCUAGUCCUAUUCCUGACCUGCAGCAACUUGACGUUCUACUUUUAAGCUUUAAAAGCUUACAAUCAUUAAUUCUUGACAACAUAUAUAUAUAUAUAACAAAGCUUGUCUCAAGUAAAAAUCGCUUAAUUCCCCAAGCUUUUGAUCUUCGUCGGCCGCCGCACUCUGAUCAUAAAUUCCGGUUCUGAAUAUUUUCCCAGUUGAAUUGAUAAAGUUAUUAUAACUAGUAAUUCCGGCCAUGGAUGAUCAAACUACGUGUGGGGGCUCAAACGACGAUCCAAGAACUUGUCCUCGAGGGCACUGGAGACCAGCUGAAGAUGAAAAGCUCCGGCAGCUCGUCCAGCAAUAUGGCCCUCAGAACUGGAAUUCUAUUGCUGAAAAGCUUCAAGGAAGAUCAGGUAAAAGUUGCAGAUUGAGAUGGUUUAAUCAACUGGAUCCAAGAAUAAACAGGAGGCCAUUCUCAGAAGAAGAGGAAGAAAGGCUGCUUGCAGCUCACAGAAUCCAUGGCAAUAAAUGGGCACUGAUUUCCAGGCUUUUCCCUGGUAGAACUGAUAACGCAGUCAAGAACCAUUGGCAUGUGAUCAUGGCCAGAAAGCAAAGAGAAAAAUCCAAGCUUUGUGGCAGCAAGAGAACCACCCUUGAUCAAGAUAAUUAUAAUGUUGCUCUCCCUCACUCCAAAUCUCCCACUACUUACAUUUUCCGUCGAAAAAAUUCAAGAUUGCAAGAGGAUCAUGAUCCGUUUGGCUCGAAGAUCAGCUUUGAGAAUGGUGGGAUUUUGGACUUACACAGCCAAAGCAAAGACAAAAUCUUCUCUAUGUCCUCCUUCUCUGGUUCGUACACACCCUGGCCUAAUAAUUUAUCUCCUGAUUUAUUCGGAACAAAAAGUUACAAGUCGCCUAGUUCUGCAUCCAUCGGUUCAAACCAUCAGACCAACUUUUCAAUAUUCAGUCCCAAUGAGGAUUCCGUUUCAGCCCUCAAUAACAAGAGGACCCUUUCAAAUACCUUUAGUUGUUUGGACUAUGGGUCGAAAAUUAACAGAGAUUUUUCAAGUAUUGGAGAAAAUUCACUCCCCUUUGGCAAGACCAGGACGAGUGUCAAUCAGCAGCAGCUUGAAGAAAAGAAGAAUGUUCCCUUCAUAGAUUUUCUUGGUGUCGGAAUCUCUUCUUGAUGAUUGGUAUAUUAUUCGCUUCUUUUUCUAUCUUCAAUUUACAUAUAUAGUUACAAUGUUAAAUUGGGGAAUAUUAGGUCGGCAACGUUCGAAUUUAGGGUUGUGUAGUGUUGUGUGUUUGCAUGGAUGUAUGCAUGUUGGUCUAGUUAAUGUAGUUCCCCUCUGUAAGUUAGAUUAGUUGAUGAUAGGUGAGGAUGUUUGGUUUUCUACGUAUAGCUAAUUAAGAUCUUUGUUGAAUUUAGAAUCCCUCCUGAAAUUUGUAGGGUGGAGAUGGAUGUAGGGCUUGAAUGUUUGUGAUGUAGCUUACAAUUUUUGGGAAGAUUUUCUUUUGUAUCUACUCCUACAAAGAUCAUGUGGAGAUGUUAAAUUUUGUGUGUUUC